CAAUCGUGUGACACUGGGAUUUGUGGAAAGCACGUCAGUCCAAAAUAUAUGUAGUUUCAUUUUCAAGAUCCUUUCCCAUGGUUUGGGCGCAAGUGGGUUUUUCUUUAAUCUCGCCAAUCCGUGUGCAUCUUUGUUAAAAUUUUCUUUAUUUAUUUGCUUAUUUAUUUUGUCCUAAUGCACAUCAGAACAUGUCACUCCAAAAAUCAGUGCGCUCCUUCCAAUCAAUCAUCCACUCUCCAAGUGUAUAGUAGUAAUAAAUAAUUGGAGUGCCAACUUCACCUUCAUAAUUAACAUGGCGAAAAAGUAUAUGAAAGGGGUAGAAACGUACAUUCAUAAACGCACACCUCACUCCAAAAUUGGAAAACCAUGUUCCAAAACCACAAGCAGCACAGCCAAAGCCUCUAGUUUUAUUGAGCACUUACCUAUAUAUAACAAUAGUGAUCAUCCAUCCAAGUAAUUCAACCAACAUAAAAACCAAGUCUUUGUAAAGGCACUAGCCUUCUUAAGCAAAUUAAACCUUCACAAACUUAGCCUAAAAAGUUUAAAGAAUCAAGAUUGAAAAUGAGUUCAACAAGCAGAAGAAGGGUUACAGCAGUGAGCUUGGGAGUAGUAGAGGCACUAAAAGAUCAAGGAGUUUGUAGGUGGAACCACACCAUCAGAGCCGUACAUCAACACGCCAAGAACAAUCUACGGUCAUAUUCACAAGCCAAGAAGCUUCCUCAAUCUUCUUCAUUGGUUUCCACAAACAAAUUAGAAUUGAAGGAGAAGGAGAAGAAAUCUGAAGAGUCUCUUAGGAAAGUUAUGUAUUUGAGCUGUUGGGGUCCCAAUUGAUCAAAUCCUAAUUAGCAGUUAGAUUUAGUACAUGUAUAGUCUUUGACAAUAUUGUAAAACAUGAGAACUAUG